AUGCGAAGACUAGGAGAAAUCAGACUGCCCCCCUUAUCAGCCACAGCCAACGUAGUCAACCAAAUCUACCGGCAAAUCCUGCCAGGCUCGACCAACGCCAACCACGACCAGCAGCACCAAGCAGAAAGGGUCCACUUCGCGCAGCUGCCCAACCAGAACCAGAACCAUUCGGGCGACCAGAACCAUUCUGGGGGCCACGUGGAACGCUUGGAGAUGGGCAGCAUGAAGGGGGGCACCAACCCGUUUCUGUCUGAGCCAGACGGGGGUGUGGUCCAGGGGUAUCAGACGCAGCCUCAGACGCAGCCUCAGCAGCGUCGCAUGUCCUCGAUGGACUUUUCUGAGGGGUCGGAUUUCGUGGAGGGGAAGAGUGAGGUUAAGAUCAACGAGUACCAGGCGGCUUGGAAUGUCACCAACGCGAUACAGGUCAUUCUGAUUCACUUAUAA